AUGUUUAUCGCUCGGAAAAAGCUACAAGUGCAGAGAUUAUGGAGGCAAAGAGGAUGCCGGGUAGCGACGUACAUCAUCCUAGGAGUGUUAGUGUUGUUCGGUUUUGUGUAUAAUAGUAGAGGAAAGAACUUCUCCUCUUUGGAUUCCAACAGUGCUGCUUUGAAAUUCGAUGAUCUAGACACCAUAAUCAACAAGGAGCUACCCGGUGGACCAGACCCGAAUACGAUUUUCCGUGAUGGAGAACUCGGAAACUACGAGCCAAAAACCGCAGAAAUUCCAUCAAAUCAACCAGGAGAGCACGGGCGGCCGGUUCCAGUCACAGACGAGGAAGGAAUGGCGGCCGGACGGGCGGCCGAAAAGGAAUUCGGCUUUAAUACCUAUGUUUCGGAUAUGAUUUCAAUGAAUCGAACGAUUCCGGAUAUUCGGCCAAAGGAGUGUAAGCACUGGGAUUAUCCGGAGAACCUGCCGACUGUUUCUGUGGUUAUCGUAUUUCAUAACGAGGGAUGGACGCCGUUGUUAAGGACUGUGCACUCGGUUUUGUUGAGAUCACCGCCUGAGUUGAUUGAGCAAAUUGUGAUGGUUGAUGAUGAUUCUGAUAAGCCACAUCUCAAAGAAAAACUCGACAAAUACGUGACUCGCUUCAACGGAAAAGUCAUCGUCGUGCGCACCGAACAACGCGAAGGUCUCAUCAACGCCCGUUCCAUCGGAGCCAAACACUCAACUGGAGAAGUCGUCCUCUUCCUCGACGCUCACUGUGAAGUCAACACCAACUGGCUGCCACCACUUCUAGCGCCAAUCAAACAGAAUCGAAAAGUGAUGACAGUGCCUGUGAUCGACGGCAUCGACUCGAAUUCGUGGGAGUAUCGAAGUGUGUACGGUAGCCCCAAUGCUCAUCACUCGGGAAUCUUUGAGUGGGGAUUACUGUACAAGGAGACGCAGAUAACGGAAAGAGAAUCGGGUCACAGGAAACACACUAGCCAGCCAUUCAGAUCCCCAACCCAUGCUGGUGGACUAUUCGCUAUCAAUCGAUUAUGGUUCAAAGAGUUGGGCUAUUACGACGAGGGACUUCAAAUUUGGGGUGGUGAGCAGUACGAGCUGAGUUUCAAGAUUUGGCAAUGUGGAGGUGGUAUCGUUUUUGUGCCUUGCUCUCAUGUUGGACACGUCUACCGUAGUCAUAUGCCUUAUGGUUUUGGAAAGUUCUCUGGCAAACCGGUUAUUUCUAUUAUCCCAAUAUUUCAGAACAUGAUGCGAGUUGUGAAGACGUGGAUGGACGACUACUCGAAAUACUACCUAACCCGCGAACCACAAGCCGCUCAUGUCAACCCGGGAGACAUCUCCGCCCAGCUGGCUCUCCGCGAUAAGCUCCAAUGCAAAUCGUUCAAAUGGUACAUGGAAAACGUCGCGUACGACGUCCUUCAAAGCUAUCCACUUCUUCCGCCAAACGACGUCUGGGGAGAAGCUAGAAAUCCGGCAACUGGAAAGUGUUUGGACCGAAUGGGUGGUAUUCCUGGACCAUUAGGGGCUUCCGGGUGUCAUGGAUACGGUGGAAAUCAGUUGAUUCGACUCAAUGUUCAAGGACAAAUGGCACAAGGAGAGUGGUGUUUGACGGCGAAUGGAAUUCGGAUUCAGGCGAAUCACUGUGUCAAGGGAACGGUGAAUGGAAAUUGGAUUUAUGAUAGGAACACCCAACAAAUCCAACACAACGCAAAACGAAUGUGCGUCACCGUCUCGGAAUCGGGCUCCGACGUCAUCCUGGAGACGUGCACCGAAGACAACCAACGACAGAAAUUCGUGUGGAAGGAGUACUAUCAAGCUAGCUAA